CUUGCUUCUCUUCCUUCCCGUUUCUUCCAUUCCUACCUACUUCUUCCACAAUCGACAGCACACGUUCUUUUCCCACUCACCACAGUCACUCCUUUCUACAUCCAAUUCACCAUUAACAUGCGUUUCACCGCUGCCUCCCUGGCGCUCUGCGUCGCCGUCAACGCCCUCCCCAUCGAUGUGCCCAGCACCGGCAGCCUCUCCGGCCUCACUGGCGACCUCCCCGAGACCAGCAGCCUGACUGGCCUCACUGGCGAUCUCCUCGACACCAGCUCCCUGUCCGACCUGACUGGCGAAGAGAGCGAGCUCACCGGCCUCGCGGCGCGUCAGCUCAUCCCCGACUUGGGAGCCAUCACCGAGAUCAUUCCGGAGGGCAGCGACAUCUACGCUUUGAACGGCCUUGAGAGCGACCUGUCUGCCCUCGAGUCACGUCAGCUCAUCCCCGACUUGGGAGCCAUCACCGAGAUCAUUCCGGAGGGCAGCGACAUCUACGCUUUGAACGGCCUUGAGAGCGACCUGUCUGCCCUCGAGUCGCGUCAGCUCGUCCCUGACUUGGGAGCCAUCACCGAGAUCAUUCCGGAGGGCAGCGACAUCUACGCUUUGAACGGCCUUGAGAGCGAUCUGUCUGCCCUCGAGUCGCGUCAACUCGACACCAGCGGCCUGACCGGCGAGCUCGGCGAUCUUGUCCCUAGCGACCUCUCUACGGGCCAGAUCGAGAGCACCCUCUCCGGCUUGACCAGUGAUAUUCCCUCCCUUGGCGAGCUCGGGGAUGUCAGCGAGGACGAGGGUGCGCUUGACCCCGUCACCUCGGCUCUCGUUCGUGACCUCAGUAGCGGCCUGCCCGACACCGGCGACCUCAGCGGCAUCGAGAGCACCGUCGAGGGCUUGACUGGUGAUUUGAACACCAGCGAGCUCACUGAUGCUGUGCCCAGCACGGAUGGACUCAGCUUGUGAAUGUUGGUACACUUCUUCGGUGAACAGGUCAACAGGUUGUUGAGCCUUGCGUUUGGAGCGAAGGUUUGGGGCAAAGGGGGUUUCUGGUCGCUUAAUUUUGUUAUACCCAGGCUGUCAUGAACGACAUUGAAGCCACUGGAUAGAGUUGUUACAUCUUCGAAUCUUAACGUUGCCUACGGCGUACAAGAAGCCAUUACUUUCCAUGCCACCAACUCAUCAAUGAAAGAAUGGAAUGAUCUUACGCCCAUGGAAUCUCGU